GGAGACAGCGGCAACACAGCUGUUGUCUGACGAAUCCGGAGCGCUUUCAUCAGCAGUCUCCAGUGUCGGCAUUGGCUCUCCAUCAUCCCGACUCCAAACGAGCAGCAGCAGAGGACAGACAUGUCUGUCUAGAGCUCCAACACCAUUUGUAUCGUCUUAUUAUGUCGGGUUUAGGAUGAUAUGGGUUCGGUGCAAAAUGUGACAGUUGUCCGCGGGCAUCAUGAGGAUAUUAACAGCAUCCGGGCUCUUCCUGGCCUUCUGUUCCAUCUGGCUCUUGACCAUGGCCAUCAGCACAGACUACUGGUACGAAACAGAUGCGCGGAAACACCGGGACCGAUGCAAAAAAUAUGCCAGCAAGAGAAAUGACCCAGGAUACAUAUAUAUUUCCAACCAAAACCUCCCUCUCCGGAUGCGACCGGAAGCGGCUCCUCUGCGGGGAUCCCUGCACCCUGCGCCCGCCAUGGAGUCGCGCUGCAGCCGCCGCUACAACUCGACCACAACCGGGCUGUGGAGGAAAUGCCAUCGAGAAGGCUUCGACCUGGAGAACGAGGAUCUGAUUUUUAAAGGUUUGCUUCAACGCUGCACGCCGGUGAAGUAUUACUAUUCCUCAGCGAAUAUCCCACGAAAUCUGCCAGUGAACAUCACCAAGACUAUCAGACAAGACGAAUGGCACGCUCUCCAUUUGCAGCGGAUGACUGCAGGUUUUAUCGGCAUGGCUGUGUCCAUCAUUGUGUUCGGCUGGACGGUUGGAUUGCUGGGCUGCUGGAAGCACAACGAGCUGAUGCAGUAUGUGGCGGGACUGCUCUUCCUGAUGGGAGGCACCUGCUGCAUCAUUUCCUUGUGCACAUGUGUGGCUGGUAUUAAUUUCGAGCUCUCGCGGUACCCGCGCUACCUGUACGGGCUGCCGGAGGACAUCAGUCAUGGGUACGGCUGGUCCAUGUUCAGCGCGUGGGGCGGGCUGGGUCUGACGCUGCUGGCUGGCUUUCUGUGCACACUAGCGCCCUCUCUGCACAGUCCCCAGACCACCACCACACACAAACCCCGACAGGAGAACGGCAUGGUGUGACGCUCGCACACUCCCACCAUACGCGCAGAUACGUUAGCACUGACAUGUCAUUCUGAUGCAGACAAGUGUCUUUACAUAUCAGAGAAAAAUGGCAAAUAAACAGUCACAUACACAGCAGACAUU